GGCUCCAAUUCCGUGGCCUCGGCCCUUGGGGCCUGUUUGCUGCUCCGAGUGAUGGCUCGCCAGGAACCCGAGGCCGAGGAGGCAGCUCGGAGGAAGGACCUGGCCAUCAAGUUUGAGGGCUUGGGUGUUGACCUCUUCGGCGAGUGCUACCGUAGCAGCGAGGACAGGGCCGCGCGCCUGCUCCUGCGCCGCUGCCCACUCUGGGGCGAUUCCACCUGCCUGCAGCUCGCCACCCAGGCAGACGCCCGCGCCUUCUUCGCCCAGGAUGGGGUGCAGUCCCUGCUGACACAGAAGUGGUGGGGGGAGAUGGACAGCACCACGCCCAUCUGGGCCCUGGUUCUCGCCUUCUUCUGCCCCCCACUCAUCUACACCAACCUCAUCGCCUUCAGGAGGUCAGAGGAGGAGUCCUCGCAGAGGGACCUGGAGCUGGACCUGGACAGGGACACUAACGGGGAGGGGCCGGGCCGGCCUGCCGACCCCCCUGAGAAGACGCUGCUGGGUGCGACGCCCCCGGAUCGCUGCCGGGAGACCCCGUGGCGCCGGGGCAUGCGCCGCUGGUCGCACUUCUGGGGGGCGCCGGUGACCGCCUUCCUGGGCAACGUGGUCAGCUACCUGCUGUUCCUGCUGCUGUUUGCCCGCGUGCUGCUCGUGGACUUCCGGCCCACGCCGGGCCCGCCCGAGCUGCUGCUCUACUUCUGGGCCUUCACGCUGCUGUGCGAGGAGCUGCGCCAGGGCCUGGGCGCCGGCGGGGGCAGCCUGGCCAGCGGCGGCCCGGGGCCCGGCCAGGCCCCGCUGCGCCAGCGGCUGCACCUCUACCUCACCGACGCCUGGAACCAGUGCGACCUGCUGGCCCUCAGCUGCUUCCUCCUGGGCGUAGGCUGCAGGCUGACCUCGAGCCUGUACGACCUGGGCCGCACGGUCCUCUGCCUGGACUUCAUGGUCUUCACGCUGCGGCUGCUGCACAUCUUCACCGUCAACAAGCAGCUGGGGCCCAAGAUCGUCAUCGUGAGCAAGAUGAUGAAGGACGUGUUCUUCUUCCUCUUCUUCCUCUGCGUGUGGCUCGUGGCCUACGGGGUGGCUACGGAGGGGCUCCUGCGGCCCCCGGGCAGUGACCUCCCGAGCGUCCUGCGCCGCGUCUUCUACCGGCCCUACCUGCAGAUCUUCGGGCAGAUCCCGCAGGAGGACAUGGACGUGUCCUACAUGGACCCGGCCAACUGCUCGGCCGAGCGGGGGCUCUGGGCGCGCCCGCCCCGCCCGCAGGCCGGCUCCUGCGUCUCGGCCUACGCCAACUGGCUGGUGGUGGUGCUGCUCGUGGUCUUCCUGCUCGUGGCCAACAUCCUGCUGCUCAACCUGCUCAUCGCCAUGUUCAGCCAUACCUUCGGCAAAGUGCAAGGCAACAGCGACCUCUACUGGAAGGCGCAGCGCUACAGCCUCAUCCGGGAAUUCCAUUCCCGGCCCGCCCUGGCCCCGCCCCUCAUCAUCAUCUCCCACGUGCGCCUCCUGCUCAGGCGGUUACGCAAGCACCGCCGCGUGCCCUCGACGCCCUCCGCAUUCGCCGAGCAUUUCCGGAUCUACCUCUCCAAGGAAAACGAGCGGAAGCUGCUGACGUGGGAGUCGGUGCACAAGGAGAACUUCCUGCUGGCUCGUGCGCGGGACAAGCGGGACAGCGACACGGAGCGCCUGAAGCGCACGUCACAGAAGGUGGACACGGCGUUGAAGAAGCUGGGUCAGCUGCGCGAGUACGAGAAGCGCCUGAAGGGGCUGGAGCGGGAGGUUCGGUACUGCAGCCGCGCGCUGGGCUGGGUGGCCGAGGCGCUGGGCCGCUCUGCGUUGCUGCCUCCCGGGGGGCCGCCGCCCCCGUCCCCGCCGGCUCCCGCAGACUGAGCCUCGCCAGUGGACUGUCCGCGCCCAGCCUGAGACCGGCCGCACCUCGGCCCGCCCCGCGGGGCUCCCGGCCCGGGCCCGGCUCCUCCCGGAUCGGCUGCACGGGGGCGGGGGGGGGGGGUCAGGCUCGGAAGCCCCGGCCGCUGCCCGACUCCGCCCCUGUGGGGGGCCUUUGAGGGCUACAGGGACCACCGAUGUCACGCACAGCUCCCCCCACCCCGGGGGAAUAAAGCCGUCUGCCACGA